CCCCACCGGGAAAAUGCAUUGAACCGGAAAGACCCAGAAAAGGUUUCUCGACUCCGACGAACCUGGAAAUGGAGUCGAGCAUACUGGAAUCGAUCGGGGUGGAGAUCAUCGGAGUAAUGUCCCCAGUCUCGAUCUGCAUGCUUCUGGUAGUUCUGAUCGUUUACUCCCUCUCCCCUGCCACCGAUUCAGCGCCGCCGAUUCGCUCAGCUGCUAACCUCGUUUACUUGGAGGUACCCACCGACUCCACUAUCCAGAAGCUUGAGGGCGCCUUGCUCAAUGCCUUGGUUUUCGUCAUCAUAAUUGCCGUCGUCACUUUCCUUCUCGUUCUGCUCUACUACUACAAUUGGACCGGAUUCUUGAAGAAUUACAUGCGCUUUUCCGCAUUUUUCGUGCUGGGGAGCAUGGGGGGCUCGAUUUUCCUGUCAAUAAUUCAGCACUUCUCAGUACCCGUCGAUUCAAUCACCUGCUUUGUUUUGCUGUUCAAUUUUACAAUUGUGGGUGUAUUAUCGAUCUUCUCCAGUGGCAUACCAAUCUUCUUGAGGCAAUCAUAUAUGGUAGCACUGGGAAUAUUUGUGGCAGCUUGGUUUACGAAGUUACCAGAAUGGACUACUUGGACGCUGCUAGUAACAUUAGCAAUCUAUGAUUUGGUUGCAGUUCUGGCACCUGCUGGGCCACUCAAGUUGUUGGUCGAGCUGUCCCAAAGCAGGGACGAGGAGCUACCAGCGCUGAUAUAUGAAGCACGGCCAACUGUUUUAGCCGAUUCACGUCAUCAAGGCCGGAGCUUGGAGCUUCUGUUUGGUGCAGCUUCACAAUUGGGAUCAGUGGAGAUGCAACCCGUCUCUGGGAACCACAUUGGGACUAGGGAAGGUGGCGAGCAGAAUGUGCAUCCAGAAGUUAUUGUAUCCGAGUCCACAAAUCCAGGGAAUUUGGAAGGUCUUCUGCAAGAAGGAGAUGAAGUUGAGAGGUCUCCACUGGUGGGUGGUGAUUUGGGUGGAAGGUCAUCUUCAAGCAGUGUUGGAUCAGAGUAUUCGGUAGUUGUUGGCAGUCGUGAUGCCCCUGAGAUUGUUGCAGAUGAAGAAAGAUCUCCUCUGGUUGAGUCUAGGAGACGUGGCAGUGGGAAUGAGAGAGCCGAGAGAGGGAUGGAUGAUGAUGGUUCGGAGUCUGAGUUAGCGAGUAGUGGGAUUAAGCUGGGUCUAGGAGACUUCAUUUUCUACAGUGUCCUUGUUGGUAGGGCUGCAAUGUAUGAUCUAAUGACAGUGUAUGCAUGCUACCUUGCUAUUAUUUCAGGGCUUGGCUGCACUCUCAUUUUGUUGUCGGUCUGCCGUCAAGCUCUGCCAGCUCUCCCGAUCUCAAUAGCAUUGGGAGUCGUCUUUUACUUCUUGACGCGGUUAUUGAUGGAACCUUUUGUUGUUGGGACAACAACGAAUCUGUUGAUGUUCUGAGAGACAAAUGAGAAGAUGAUCUUUUCUUUUGGGUUCCACUUGCUAAGCCUACAUUAAUGUCAAUAGGUAUGUCUUCUCGAGACUAUUCUUCUGCUGAUAUUAUUACUCUUCGAAGAAAAAAACUAACUCUCUGUCGAUCUCUUGUAUCAUGCGAACUUCUCACAAUUGAAAAACUUGACCGUAAUUCAAGUAUCAGGAACGUCAGGUCUAGGUAUAUAAAGAUGCUGCCUUCUUCUAUGCUCAAGUGUUUGUACUUGUAGUAGGUAUUCGCCAAAUGUAGAAUUUCUUCUGUUUAGACUUUGAAGUCCUCGCAGGCAGCAAUAGAUUCGUGUGGUUAUG